AAACAUUAACAAGCGGCACUUCGCUUUGAGUAUUUGUGUAAAGUGUAAAACGCAUUACUUUAAAAAAAGGAAACACAAAAUCAAUAAACCAAUUAAAGAUUGAAAAAGUAGCGUGAUAACGUAUUAAAAAUGGUGAAACUAACUCCAGACCUUAUCAACAAUUGCAUUCAAAGGAUUAAUCCUAUUCGAGAUCGGGAACUUAAUUUACGAGGAUUGAAGAUCCCUAUGAUUGAGAAUCUUGGAGCCACCUUGAACCAAUUCGACACAAUCGACUUCUCAGAUAAUGACAUUCGGAAAUUGGACAACUUUCCCCUGCUUCCCCGACUCAAAAACAUUAUCUUGAAUAACAAUCGCGUCGUUCGCAUAAGUCCCACAUUGCAUGAAGUCAUACCGUCCCUGGAGUCGCUCGUUUUGACUAAUAAUAUGCUACAGGAUUUAGGAGAGAUUGACAACUUAUCAAAAUUGCAGCAUUUAACUCAUUUAACACUUCUCUUCAGUCCCGUCUCGACCAAGGAGUUUUUCCGACAAUAUGUAAUCUUUAGACUUCCACAACUCAAAGUUUUGGACUUCAAAAAAAUUACAAUGAAGGAACGAGACGAAGCAAAAGCCUUCUUUAAAUCUAAGCGUGGAAAGGAAAUCAGAAAAGAAAUCGCUACAAAUCGUUCCACAGACGAAGAAUUUGUUGAAGACGAUGACGAAGAAGCAACCUCCGUGUCUAAUGGAAUUGCAUUGAAAUCUUCGCACAAAGCAGUCCGAAGGGGACAACUCCUGGCUGAAAAUACGAGUGAAGUUAACGAGAAAAUUAAAGAAGCAAUCAGAAAUGCGACAUCUCUAGAAGAAAUUGAAAGAUUAAAUCAAGUGCUGAAAAGUGGGCAAAUUCCUCAGUUUAUGACAGGUUCCACGACGAUCACGGAAACAUUAGCAACUGCGGCAGGGGGAGAGGUAGAAGAAAUGGAAGAUAAUUAAGAAUAUACUAAUAUACACUUUGUGAUGUUAUGUAAAUGUAACACUAUGUAAUGUUGUAUUGUACUCUUAUUGAUAACCUGCUUUCAACUGCGUACCUCCUUUUCUUUCUAUAGGUUCUAAAAAAUAGUAUAUCUGUGUUAUUUUUUUCUACUAUUUUAUAGCCGAUGUAUACUAGUUGUUGAGGAGGUUGACUAACAUAGUUUUUUGCUAAACUGUGUGGUUUGCUAUAACCAACUGAUUCCCCCAUCUCUUGUUUUGUACGACUCAAACCUAGUACUAUAUCAUUUUCAUGAUAUCGUAGUACAUACGCCGCUAAUUAUAACAAAAUUAGGAUAUUUACUGCUCUAUUUAUUACAAAGGUACUAGUUAUGAUAAGCUAGGUCGACUAUGAAGGUAUUUUACUUUGCUCCUAAAGAUGGGUUUAUUAGUAUUAAUAAAGUUCAUCUAUUUGUGUAAAA